AUGUCGCCGAAGAAAACGGACAAGAAGAAAGGCAAAGACAAAGACAAAGAUAAGAAGAAGGUAAAACCUGAGGAACCUGUGAUCGAACAAGCCAAAGCCAAUGCAGCCCUUUGGGAGGCCAGAUUGGAAGUCACAGAACUCUCUAGGAUUGAGUAUCGUGAUACUUCCCGAAGACUGGCAAAAUGUAAUGAGGAGUUAAAGAAACAGCAGUAUAAGAUGGAGAAAGACACAAUGUCUGUAUUAAGCUUCAUGAAGAAGCAGGAUCAGGAGAAAGAUAAUAUGAUUGAACUAUUGAAACAGCAAUUGGUUGAGACAAAGGAAAAAGCUCAAGAGGAGAAGGAAAAGUUGGAACAAAAGUAUACUAUGCAAAUAAAUCAUCUAGAAGGAAGAUUCUAUGAAAAAGCCAGAGAAAUUAGUAUGAUUCAGACAGAGCUGAAAACAAUAAAACAUUUCCAGAAGAGAAAAAUCCAAGUGGAGAAAGAAUUAGAGGAUCUGAAAGAAAGUUUAAGGAACACGGAGAAGAAACAUCAGGACACUCUCCGAAGACUGGAAGGCAAAUUCUUUGAAGAAAAGCACCGUCUAGAAAAAGAGGCUGAAAAGAAGAUAGUAAUGCUGGCAGAGAGAGCCCACCAUGAAGCUGUGGUACAACUGAAUGCUGCUGGAAGAAAUGUUUUUAAAGAGAAUGUUUAUCUCCAGAAAGCUCUUUCAUACCACCUAAAGGAAGCUGAUGCUCUACAAAAAGAUUCCCAGAGGUUGCAAGAGAGUCAUACUAUCCUUUUACAUCAAAAGGAGAUCAAUGAGUUAUUAAUUAAAGAAAAGAUUAUGCAACUUGCCCAGCAGAAAUCACAAAUCCAGACUCUUCAGAAGAGGGUGUUAAACUUGGAGAAUGCUCUAACUUUCAUGACUAGAGAGUUUGAGGCAGAAAUUUUGAAACUGCGGCAACAGGCAACCAUAGAGAAUCAGGCAGGUCUGGUAGAAAUUGACAAGCUGCAGCAGAUUCUUGAUAUGAAGGACAAGGAAAUGAAUCGAGUGAAGAAGCUGGCCAAGAACAUACUGGAUGAGAGGACAGAAGUGGAAAAUUUCUUUCUAGAUGCUCUACACCAAGUGAAGCAACAGAUUAUAUUCAGCAGGAAAAACUAUAAGGAGUUAGCACAAGCUGCUUUCAAUUUAAAGAUGAGAACAGCAUGUUCAGGAAGAACAGAAUAUCCCCAAAUCAGGACAUUUGAUGGCAGAGAAUACAGCACUAAUAGUGUGAAUCAAGAUCUCAUAGAGGCUGAAAAAUGGACAAGUACUCAAAGAAAUGUGGAUAUUGGAGAUUUGACCUGGGAGCAGAAGGAGAAAGUCUUGAGAUUGCUGUUUGCAAAAAUGAAUGGUUUAGCUUCUAGGAAAUAUAACCAGAGUUCUCUGCCUCCAGUUCCAGAUACUCAUGUUUCUGACAAUGGAGAAAUGAAAGAAUCUGGGAAUGAAAAUACACAAGAGCAAACCUUCAUUACCCAACAAGUUCCGAUAUCAAAUGCUGGUGAAAUGGUGCUACCCCGUAUUCCACAAGGACCACAGGUCUCUGACUAAGGGACUUUUUGAAAACACUACAGAACAACAUAUGACCCCAGAUAGGCUGCUUGCAGAUCCUUCUUUGCAGAAUCCUAGCUUCUGAAUAAGUUCAAGAAGAAAGUUUCUUAAAGAAAAAAAA